AUUUGACUGAUAUAAAAGGCGUCGUCGGGUCGUCCAAAGGUACAGUCAAAUUGUACGACUUCAAACAACAACUAUUCAACACAGACCUCUCGUUUUUUCUUCGUUCGCGAAACAAUCAUUCAAAAUGUUCCGAUUGGUGGUGUUGUCUGCUGUUCUCGCCGUUGCCGCUGCUGCCCCAGGCCUGAUCCACUCGGCCCCAGUUGCAUACACUUCGGUGGUCCAUCAGCCAGCCCUUGUGGCCCAGAAGGAAAUCUCCUACCAGAAGAGCAUCAUCGAGGAGCCAACUGUGGUCCAUGCCGGAACCGUUCUGAAGAACAUCCCAACUGGAAUCACCCACCACAGCUCCUCGGUUGUCCAUCAUGAUGCCAAGAUCUCCGAGCCAAUCUUCGCCCCAGCCGUGAAGAAGACCAUCGUUGAGACCCCAGUGGAGAAGACCGUCCUGCACAAGACCUACGCUGCUGCCCCCGUUGUCACUUACGCCGCUGCUCCAGCUGUGACCUAUGCUGCCGCUCCGAUUGCCAAGGCUGCUUACGUCGAGGCUGCCCCAGUUGCCUACGCUCACGCUGCCCCAGUUGCUCACUACGGAUACGCCGCUGCCCCAGCUCUGAGCUACGCUGCCAGCUACCCAUCGAUCUACAGCCACCAGCCAGCGGCCGUUUAUGCCAAAUACUAAGCAGCACCAGUGCACGGUAGAUUUUGAAGAUGACUGUCGAGUUGCUUUUCUUUUGUUCACGAAAUUUAGAUUGUUUCCGGUGAAAGAUGAGAAAAGUAAUGGAUGAGUGGAAAAUAAAGCGAUUACGAGUGAUAUUAAAUUAACAUAA